GCUCCUUGCGCAGAUUCGUGGAGAAUGGUGGAUAGUGGUGGAGAGUGGUUUGCCAGAUCAGAUUUUGUUUACGAUACUUGGCACGAAGGUUAUAUCGUAAAUAUGGCGCUUGCCAUUACCUGAAUCUCAAGACGCGACAUCGACGACGCGACAUUGGGAUCCGUUGUGUUCCACAACGUCGCGGAUUAUCGGCUUCCCGGUGAGAUCCAAGAUGCCGGGUUACUGUCGACGUCGCGCAUCAUCCACGUCGCAAUACGGUUCAGUCUGAGGUAAAAACGACGACGUUGACACGACGUGAUGAAAUCCGUGUACAAGUUGUUCCUGCUGUGCCUUAUCCUCGCCGUGCUAAUAAUACUGCUCAACGUGACCACCAACAUCUCCAACAAGUUAUACGACCAGCCGUCCGCGAGCAGGGAGCGUUUGGCGCUCCCGAAGAAAUCCUCGGGAAGCGCAUCCGUGAUAAGCGAGGUGACGAUAUGCGUAGUGGUGUGCGGGGACAGGCUGCACGAGGCCCUGACUAUGCUGAAAUCGGCGCUGGUCUUCGCUGGCAGACCGUUGCAGUUUAUAAUCCUGACGGAGCAGAACUUAAUACCAGCCUUCAGUGAGAAGUUGUCCGAGUGGCGGCUCAUAUCCAAUAAGACCUUCGAUUUCCUGGUGCGGCCUAUCACCUUCCCGGAUGGUAGCGAUGUAGCCAUGUGGAAGAAAUUGUUUAAGCCUUGCGCGGCACAACGACUGUUUCUACCAACUGUGCUGAAUGAUACAGAUGCAGUGCUCUAUGUAGACACAGACACUCUGUUUCUGGCACCACCUGAGAAAAUCUGGGAUGAGUUCAAAAAGAUGAACUCUAGUCAAUUGGCAGCUCUCAGUCCUGAACAUGAAGAUCCCAAUACUGGUUGGUAUAAUCGAUUUGCCAAGCAUCCAUAUUAUGGCAAGCUCGGUGUGAAUUCAGGGGUGAUGCUGAUGAAUCUGACGAGGAUGAGAGAGUUCCGAUGGACGGACUAUGUGAUUCCCAUUCACAAGGAGUACAAGCUGAAGAUAACCUGGGGCGAUCAGGAUAUUAUUAACAUAAUAUUUCACUAUCACCCAGAGAAGCUGUAUGUGUAUUCGUGCCGAUACAAUUACAGGCCGGACCACUGUAUGUACAUGUCUGUGUGUGCGGAGGCAGAAAGAGAUGGCGCUCUAGUAUUACAUGGCUCCCGUGGCACGUUCCACUCACAGAAACAGCCACCCUUCAAGGCCGUAUACCGAGCCAUGCAAGAAUAUCAGCUGAACAUGGAUCCAUACGACGAACUGCUCGUGCCGAUGAGGAAUUACCUGGCGAUGGAAGACAAAUCGAAUUGCGGCCAUGUUUCGAAGGUGUUCAUUAUCCAGCCGGAGUUGCAUCUAGCUCAUAACUUAUAAAAUUUAUACUUGAUCAUACCGAGGUUACGUAUUCGCGCGAGCUUUCUGUCUUUAUAUUCGAAACUUUUUAGAUGCUCUUUUUGUUAUUGAUAUGAAUGUUUUAUACAGGUAUAUAAGCAAUAACGAAUAGGAUGUAAGCAUUUCUACGUAUUCGCGAAGCCACUUCUGGCUUAUAAACGUAAUGUCAUCUGUAUUCUUCCCGUCUCUCAAAAAAUUCUCGAGAGAUUUUAGAUCCUAAAAAAA